AUGCCACCGUCAAAGCCAUCUGGCUCAGGCUCACGCACUAAGGCGGUCGACUCGGCUGCGUCCACCCCCGAGCCUGCUGCCACCGCCUCCACACCUGCCAUGCCCGAUCCCAAGACCGAGCUGCCCGCCUACCUGCUGCGCCUCCAGUCGGCGCUCCAGCCGCUCACUCGCAAUGCAGCCGCCAUCCCUACCCACGGUGACCUCGCCUUCCAUCGCAGCAUGGACCGCAAGCUCGCCAAGAAACUCGACGCCGAGUCCAACCGGCUGCUGCAGUCCAUCUCCCAACUCGCCAGCUGGAUCGCCUCGGACUCGCGUGCACCCAACAUCCCGCUCGCACACAGCUCGGCUUCAGGAUCUUCACCCGACAAGGCAAAAGCCAAAGCCAAGGUGGAGCUCGAGCUCGACAUGGCCGACGUCACCACCAACGAGUCGUUUGCGUCCAACCUGGGCGAGCUCGUCGACCACCUGCUCGAAAGCGCAGACACCUGUCUCGACGAGUACACCGGAAAGCUCGCCCCGCGCUCGCUCGCCAAUGCCGCCACUGCUGACGCCAACGGUGAUGCCGAUGCUACGUCGACACACGGCAGGAUGCAGGCCAUGACGGCGGUGCAGAACGGCAAGGCGCUGCCCAAGACGGGCAACUUACCCGCCUGGGUGCUCAAUGCUCCCAUCCCCCCGCCGCAGCGCAACUUUACCACCAAGCCCGACAACUCGCCUGACACACUCUGGCAGCCCAGCCUCAAGUACGGCAAGCCCAAUGCGGUGGUGCCGCUGGGUCACGUCAAUCCGCCUCGUCUUGGCGCGGAUGGUCAGCCGCUCCCACGCGGCCCCAGGCGCGGCAUGUACUGCGCCGAGGGCGAUCCGCUGGACAAUCCCUACUACCACGAAAUCCUCCAUGCCGACCCGCCCACACACGCACUCUCCAAGCCCGAGCCGCGCGCCAAGGAUCAGCCGCCACCGCCGCUCAACGAAAAGGACCCGGCGCUAUCCACCGACAGCUCUCCGUUCCAGUGGGUGUCCACCAAGGCGCAGAUCGAGGCGCUGCGCGAUCAUCUCGACGAGCCCCGUGUAACCGAGAUCGCCAUCGACCUCGAACACCACUCGUACCGCACCUACCAGGGGAUCGUCUGCCUCAUGCAGCUCAGCACGCGAUGGGGCGACUGGAUCAUCGACACGCUCUCGGACGACGUGCGCCAACACGCCGAACUGCUCAAUUCGUCCUUCACCCACCCCGACAAGGUCAAGGUGCUGCAUGGAGCGAAUCACGAUGUGCUGUGGUUGCAGCGCGAUCUCGGACUGUAUCUGGUGAACCUUUUCGACACGUACCACGCCACCAACGUGUUGCUGUUUCCGAGCCAUGGGCUGGGCUAUCUCAUGGCGAGGUAUUGCAACUUUGAUGCGGAUAAGCGGUACCAGCUUGCGGACUGGCGCAUCCGACCGCUGCCCAAGGAGAUGCUCUACUAUGCGCGCAGCGACACGCAUACGCUUCUGUACAUCUACGAUAACUUGCGACACGAGCUCAUGGAAGCCGGAGGGGUGGAUGCCAUCCGCGAUGUGUUUACGAGGAGCAAGGAGGUUGCCAUGGCGACGUAUGCCAAGGAAGAGUGGGAUGCCGACGGCGAGACGCGCGAAGGCUGGAGGAGCGUCUGGCGCAAGUGGGGUGGAGAGGCUGCAUUGGGGACAGAGGAGAGGAAGGAGGUGCGGCAGAUGAAGCGCGAGGAGAGGCUCGUGCGCGCGCUGCAUCGAUGGCGCGAUGGAGUGGCGAGGGAGCAGGACGAGUCGCCGCGCUACAUCUUGGGUGCGAAUAAUCUCAUGAUGCUAGCGGCCAGGGCGCCGACCAAGGUCGAGGGCGUGCUGGCGUGCGUGCCGCCGAAUGCGGUGCAGCUCAAGAAGCGUGCGCCUGAGCUGGCACAGCUCAUAGCCGAAGAGGUCGAGGCGUGGCAGAAGGACCACGACGAGAAGAGCGAGGAGAGGAGGAUGAAGAUUGCCGCCUCGCUUGAGAAGGACGAUGACGAGAUGGAUCUGGGCGAGGCAGUGGCCAGAACCGCACCGGACGAGGUGGAUCAGCCAGGAGCGGUGAUUUCGGCCAUCAGCAACGCCGCUCGCACUCAAGACCAACUCAACACGGGCGUUUGGGAUACCCCGUCGCGCAAAGUGCGCCCCACCGCUGACACGCUCGCUGCGCCCACGUCGAAGCUCUUUGGCUCUUCCAACCAACCCUCUACCCCCGCUGCGACGCGCAUCGAAGCAAUCAAGGCGCAAUUCGUCGACUCGCUCGGCUCCAUCCUCAGCCCCGCCCCCUCCCCCGACGUUGACCUUGCUCUUGCUGCCGAGCCUUCCCUUGCGACUCGCGAAGUAACACCUCCCCUCGCUCCCACUCCCGACGCUCCCACUUCCGCUCAAGUGGAGGAGGAGAGUGACUCGGACAAGGACGAGUACAUUGUCGUUUCGGCCUCUUCAUCCAAGAAGGACGGCAAGAAGGACGCCAAGCGCAAGACCAAACGCAAGUCCGAGGUGGCAGACAGGGAGCAGCCCAAGAAGAGAAGGGGCAAGUUUGAGGGCGAGUUCGAUUUCGCCACGGCGCCCAAUGCGUUCGAAUCGCCCAAGCCCCAGCACGAGCCCAAGGGGAAGAACAAGCCAAAGGGAGACAAGAGGGACAAGAAGGAUAAGGACGAGGCAGUGUUCAGACAGCCACGCGAUAGGGCCAGGCGCAAAAUCGAUGCCCGUACCACCAUGUAG